GUCGGGCGGUAUGGAAACUGCGAUAGGAGGAGGUUUGUUACAGUGUGUCACCCCUGUAGUAAGGAGAUUACAUGAGGAGGAGCUGAUCCAGUUGUCUCCUCUUCUCCUGAAUGACCCUCGAGGAUGGACAAGGACCGAAAUGAGACGACUAAGAGAAUAUUACACUUCACUCUGGAGAUCCUCCACCUGCUGACCGGAGAGGAUUACACCAUAGUGAAGAAGACAUGGGGGGAGUGUGUGGCCCCCAGCAGCCAUCUCCAUGAGUCAGGAGGAUGGAGCAGGGCCCGGGGCCCCAUCAUGGAGCCCCCACCUCACUCACUGAUACAUGAGGAGAAGAUCCUAGAACUCAUCCACAGGAUCACUGAGCUGCUGACUGGAGAGGUUCCUAUAAGGUGUCAGGAUGUGGCGGUUUAUUUCUCCAUGGAGGAGUGGGAGUAUGUAGAAGGACACAAGGAUCUGUACCAGGACAUAGUCAUGAUGGAGGAUCACCGGCCCCUCACAUCACAAGAUGGAGUCAUUGAUAAAAAUCCACCCGAGAGGUGUCCCCGCCCUCUGUAUUCCCAGUACUGUCCAGAGGGAAAUGUCCCAGAGAAGCAUCAGGGUGAAGAUCUGAUGGAUGUCAAGUUCGAGAUGAUAGAUCAUGAUGAUGAAGAAGAGGAAACGUAUUUCAGGGCCAAUCCUCAGCAUGGAGUCAUGAAUAGAAAUCCACCCGAGAGGUGUCCCCGCCCUCUGUAUUCCCAGCACUGUCCAGAGGGAAAUGUCCCAGAGAAGCAUCAGGGGGAAGAUCUGAAUAUUGUUAAAGUAGAGGAUGAAGAAGAAGAAGAGUGUAUGAGGGAAGUGAAGGAGGAAAUUCUGGGAGGUGUUACCCCAGAAAAUCCCAAGAACCCUGAGGAAAACGUCAUGUUAUCCCUGAAUUAUAAAGAAGAUGGAGAGAUCAUGGAGCGCUCCUCAGGAGAAGAUGGAGGGAUCAUGGAGCGCUCCUCAGGAGAUGAUGGAGAGAUCAUGGAGCGCUCCUCAGGAGAAGAUGGAGAGAUCAUGGAGCGCUCCUCAGGAGAAGAUGGAGAGAUCAUGGAGCGCUCCUCAGGAGAAGAUGGAGAGAUCAUGGAGCGCUCCUCAAGAGAAGAUGGAGAGAUCAUGGAGCGCUCCUCAGGAGAAGAUGGAGGGAUCAUGGAGCGCUCCUCAGGAGAAGACCUCCUUACCCCUAAUGUCCUUCCAGAUCUAUCCUAUAAUAAUCCCCCUGAUUAUGGGGAACCUUCUCCUCACCGACCACACAUUAUCACAAGGCCAGGUCAGGAAGUGGGGAAAAGGUUUCAAUGUGAUGAAUGUGGGAAAUGGUUUACAAGAAGAUCAAGUCUUCUGACACACAGGAGAAGUCACACAGGAGAGAAACCUUAUUCAUGUUCAGAAUGUGGGAAAUGUUUUAGAAAUAAAUCAGUUCUGGUAAAACACGAAAGAGGUCACACAGGAGAGAAGCCGUAUUCAUGUUCAGGAUGUGGGAAGUGUUUUAGAAGCAAAUCAGAUAUGGUAAAACACGAGAGAAGUCACACAGGAGAGAAGCCAUAUCCAUGUUUAGAAUGCGGUAAAUAUUUUACAAGUAAAUCAGAUCUUGUUAUCCAUGAGAGAAGUCACACAGGAGAGAAGCCAUAUUCCUGUUCAGAAUGUGGGAAAUGUUUUAGUACUAAUGGCAACCUGAGGAAUCACCAGAGAAUUCACACAGGAGAAAAACCAUUUUCAUGUUCAGAAUGUGGAAAAUGUUUUUCAAGGAAAUGUCUGCUUAUAAUACAUGAGAGAUGUCACACAGGAGAAAAGCCUUAUACCUGUUCAGAAUGUGGCAAAUGUUUUACGCAAAGAUCUCAACUUUUUAAACAUGAGAGAAUUCACAAAGGACUGAAGACAUAUGCAAGCUUAAAAAGUGACUCGGGAAAGAAACCAUAUUCAUGUUCAAAGUGUGAGAAAUCUUUUACAAGUAAAGCAGAUCUUGCAAUACAUGAGAGACGUCACACUGGGGAGAGGCCGUACUCCUGUUCAGAGUGUGGUAAAUGUUUUAUUACUAAAGGCAGCCUAACGAAUCAUGAGAGAAUUCACACAGGAGAGAAGCCGUAUAUGUGUGCAGAAUGUGGGAAAUGUUUUUCCCAAAAAAACAACCUAAAUAAACAUAAGAGAAUCCACAAAGGAGAGAGGCCGUAUUCAUGUUCUGAAUGUGGGAAAUGUUUUAAACAAACAUCAACUCUCAUUAAACAUCAGAUGAUUCACACCGGAGAGAAGCCGUAUUCGUGUUCAGAAUGCGGUAAAUGUUUCAAAGACAGAUCAGUUCUUGUUAAACAUCAAAGAAUUCACACAGGGGAGAAGCCGUAUGCGUGUUCAGAAUGUGGGAAAUGUUUUACACUUAAAUCGCGUCUUGUUGCUCAUGAGAAAAGUCACAUAGGGGAGAACCUUGUACACCCCGACCCUUCUUCUGAAAAUAUAAUUUAGGAAUUUGGUAUAGUUUUAGCUGGUUACAGAAAUUUUGUUUUUUGGGGAUUUUCUCCCAUUAUUGUCCACUAAAUGUCUUUUAUAGCUUCGUUUCAUAGUGUUCGUGUAGUUUUUAAAGUAAUUUUUAUUCUCGCUACAGUUUUCUUUUACUAAUUUAAAUAUUUUUCCAAUUUUUUAUCAGUUUUUUCUUUAAAUCUUUUUAUUGUUUUGUUCUUUUUCUCUAUUCUAUGAAACUUUUACUUUUGUUAUAUCCUAUACGAACAACCAUAUGUGCUGCUUAUCCUGUCGUGGUCUCUGAGACUGCCAAAAAUUUGCCCCCUUUAGGGGUACAUCUCCAUGGGAAACAGUAACCAUAAUAAAAAUAAUUGUAAAAGCUUUCAGUAUGAUAAGGAGUUUCUGUAUAUUACUUGUCUGCCAUAUUGUGCUUUGUUAUAAUCGUGUACUCCAUCUUUUCUUGAUGUGGCAUGCGCAGUAUAUUCUGUAGUACUAUCCACAUAUGUAUAUGUUUGCUUUCUUUAUUACGAUUGAUGACCAGCGCCUGGGCAUUGUUGUUAUUUAGGCAGCAGCGAGUAUGAAAGGGGUAUUCCGGCCUUAUACAUCUACUCCAACAUGUUUCACUACGUAUGGUGUUAUCAGGGGGUGCAGGGCUAAUGACAUUAGACUACUGUGUGCUUGGUCU